UACUUGUCAGAGUAAAAAAUCUGUUUUUUCGACAUUUUCGGUGAAUGAUGAAGUCAAAACUGACGUCCAGAGAUCUUUGUGUGGUUUAAUGAAGUAUUUAGCUCACUAACUUAAAAAUAACAUCAACGACCCGAACAAGCUGCUGCUGUCAACUGCCGCUGUUUUCAGGGAGCAAUUCAAACGCCAACGGUUCCUCGCUCUCCGCCGAUUGGUCAACGCGGCACCACGCGGACUUUCUCUCUACAAAGAUCGUCUACGCUUGGGAAGAUGACACACUCUGCGCUUUGAGCGACAACAUUUCACUGGGAUAGCUUGGUGUGCAACAGAAGCUUCAGUAAGGGGGCGUAGGCAACAUAAUGUCAGAAAUGUACAAACACAAACAGAAGAUUUUUUUUCUGAUUACCUUUUCAUAUUGCCAUGACAAGGCCAACCACACAGAAAUGCAUUUGUCAACUGAUGUAUUAUCUCCAGGAUUCACACAAAUACCCUGACAUAGAGUCAUCCCUCCUCUCAGCUUCUAACGGCUCCUCCGGGCAUGCUCCUUAAGCCAAAGUAUGGCCGCUUCCGCAACGAGUCUGUGACCUCCUCCGACGACCUGAUGCAGAGCUUAGCCAUGAGCGGCAAAGUUGUGGCCACGCCGGUGGUCUCCUCCACCCCAAGACUCCCUCUGCCUCCUCUGCCUCCUCUGGAUCCCAGUACCAGAUCUUCCUCCUCUGGGGCUGCGGCGGCUCUGGCUGACUCCCCCUGCCUGGACGGGGAACAGGAUGCCACUACAACCUUCUGCAUGCUCAUCCCAAAGAUGCCCCAGUGGAAGUUCUCAAACUCUCUGCUCAGCCGGAGCCCAUCCAACUCCAGCUCCAGCUCUAGCUCUAGCAAGGACUCGGGGAAGGCAGCAGCAGCACCUUCCCAGAGCUCUGUGUCUCUGUCUUCAUCAUCACACAGACCCAUUGGUGUGACCUCAGCUAGUGGCCCUGUGGCCAGUCUUGCAGCGGUGCUUAACUCCUGUGACCCUGUGUGUGUCACCCCCUGUUCCCUGCAGGCCAUUCGAGGGCAGAGAGCAGUGGCAGCGGCGAACUCUGCCAACCCAGGAGGGCACGCAUUUGGGGCCACAGAGGCUAUGGCAAGCCCCGGGGGAUCCAGCAGCUCCAGAUCAGGAAUGAACAGAAGGACAAGGGUGGAGGGCAUGUGGCUCGGGGGAGAGGACUUCAACCAGAAGGGAAGCUUCCUUCACAAACCCUCCCAAGGCUGGCUGCACGCUGACAAGAAGAUUGCUGGACCAGGGGCCUCUUAUAUUGUCAGGUACAUGGGCUGCAUUGAGGUACUGAAGUCAAUGCGUUCCCUGGACUUCAACACACGGACUCAGGUGACAAGAGAAGCCAUCAACAGGCUGUGUGAUGCUGUGCCAGGGGGAAAGGGAGCUUGGAGGAAGAAGUCCCUGAACAAAGCUCUCCAGUCCGUAAUGGGAAAGAGUAACUUACGAUUUGCAGGCAUGAGUAUUGCAGUCAAUAUUUCCAUAGAUGGCCUUGGUCUGCUUAUCCCUACCACACGACAGGUGAUAGCACACCAUCCCAUGCAGUCUAUCUCCUUUGCCUCAGGGGGGGACUCGGACACGCCUGAUUAUGUUGCGUAUGUGGCCAAAGAUCCAGUGAAUCAGAGAGCGUGUCACAUCCUGGAGUGCUCAGAUGGUUUAGCACAGAGUGUUAUCAGUACGAUCGGACAAGCCUUCGAGCUGCAGUUCAAACAGUACCUACACAGUCCUCCCAAAACCAUGGCGUCAGUGGAAAGGUCUGUCAGGGCAGAGGAGCCCAUGUGGGGAGAAGAUGAAGACUCCUCUGAGCAUGAUUAUUACAACAGUAUCCCAGGGAAGGAGCCCCCUGUUGGGGGAGUGGUGGACUCUAGGCUCAGGCCCAGUGGGUCCCUGCUGGGUCACAUCCACACACAACCACAAGCAAACAGGACAGCAGCACAGAUGGGCUCGCCAGCUAGGAGAGAGGGAGCAUCUUAUCCUCCUGGUCAGCUGUGUUAUGAGCUACACUGGGACACAGAGACGACCAGUGGCUCAGGUCUGACUUCAGAUGGAUACCUGUGUGCUGACGGCCAGCCACCAGGCAGCAGAGAUUAUGAGGAGCAUCAGUACGUUAACACCCAGAGUCUGGAAAACCUGAACACACUGGCACAAGGGCCCGAUGGACGCAGAGGGUCUAGGCCCCCCGACAGCCCCAAAAAGGACCUCUUUGACAUGAGGCCCUUUGAGGAUGCUUUGAAGCUCCAUGAAGCUUGUGGUGGAGCUGGUGGGUCCAGUGGAGCUGGAGGCGUGCGGGUCAUGGAGGAUCAGUGGCCCAGCCCUCCUCGCCGACGUGCUCCUGUUGCUCCCAAUGAGGAGCAGCUCCGCAGGGAGACAUGGUAUCACAGCCGCAUGAGCAGAAGAGACGCAGAGAGACUCCUGGUCCGAGACGGAGACUUCCUCGUCAGGGAGAGCACGACCAACCAAGGACAGUAUGUGCUGACCGGCAUGCACUGUGGCCUUCCUAAACACCUGCUGCUAGUGGACCCAGAGGGAGUGGUCCGAACCAAAGACAUGUUAUUUGAGAGCAUUAGCCACCUCAUCUCGUACCAUCUGCAGAAUGAGCUGCCUAUUGUUGCAGCAGAGAGUGAGCUACACCUCAAACAGGUGGUCAGGAGGAAACUAUGAGCCAUCUGGCUUUGCAUGGGAUGAUGGAGACUGUUGUGUCCCGUGCAAAAACCACAUAAAGACAUAAAUGGAAAGCAUAUUUUCCAGAUGGAUGUUUGUCUGGAUGCAAGGAUAUUACUAAUACUUUAUUUCUGUGAACAAUCCUACUAAAAAGAGCAAAGCCUCUGACAUCUCCCUAUAAUGUAUCUGCCUUUGGACUACCAGGAUCAACUAAACUGUCCCUCAUCUGUCACAAACUUCUCAGCAUGCAGCUAGUAAGCUGAAAAAGCAAACCAGAGUGCGCGUCAAUGUGUACCAACCUCAAUAGGCAAGGGAUCAAACUUCAGGAAAUCAAAUGGGGAUGUGAUGCACAGAAGAGUCCUACAUGCCUGUGACAGUGAAGUGCUUCCAGAGUAUCACCCGUCUCCAAAUAAUGGAUAUCAACAGAACAAAGUCAUGCCACAUCUCUCUGGAACAGAUUCUGAUUAUAACAGAAUAUAUCAAGCUAUUCAGUUGUUCAUUCUGUACAAAUGCAAGAAGUGUGACUGUAAGAGACAACUGAAAAGCAUCUGCUCAUUAGACAAAGACUGUUGUUAGGUGUACCUGACUCUUGGAUGGCACAAUGCAGAAACUUAACAUGAGUCAAUGCUUGAUUUAUGAAUAAGCCGCAUUCUUCUGCCUUUUUUUUCAUCACCAAAUCCACUCUCUCCAUUUACACAGGAACUGGAAAUGCAGUACACUAACUUUGCAGUGGGAUUUUAAUCAUUUGUACCAUAACUAUCAGUCAUCUGUGUUGUGUUUGUAAGGGCUGCUCAUAAUUUGUAUGUAUUAUAAAAGCGUAUGAACCUGUCAUUGGUCACACUGCACUCACAUGAUGAAUCCUAUGUCCUGAUUUCAAAGAACUUCUCCUCAGAAACUCUCAGUAUAUUCAUACCUGUAUUUCCACAGCCUCUCCAACUUCAGUGCCUUAAAGACUACAGGGACAGGCGUUUGUGUCAGUGUAUAUAAUGUGCAUCUAUGCUCCUAAUGCAAAGUUUUCUUGCCAUGCCAAUGAAUGACUGAACAAACUUCAGGAUGAUUAAGCUCUUAUUCUUAAACAGUGACGUAAGCUGCUCUUGUUUAAAGUGUUUAAUACUGUCUUAUUGUGUCAUGAAUGCUGUUAUAUUACGUGUUUCUCGUAACAAUCCCCUCAUUUUAAAGCAAGACAUGAACAGUAUUGGUCUGCAUUGAUCAACGAUAAGGACGGGAUUUGGACACUAAAUUAAAUUCAUUAUUUGUCCCAACUCAGGGGAAUACAUCACUGUAUUGACUGUUCUUGUCUUAUGUCUGUCUUUACAUGUAAGUGACUUGCUUCUGAUUUUCUAGUCCUUCUGCAAUCUAAUACAGUGUGUACGUUUUGUCUUUUCCUUUGUUGAAGUAGCAACUUAUCUUUGAUUUCCACAGCUCUGAACUGCAGCCUCAUGAAUGCACAGAGAGACGAGGUGAGCAACAAGGCCGACAAAUGUUAAUUAUUCCAGAUCUCUUUUUUUGCUUUCUCAGGAAUUCUUCUUGGACAUUCUCCUCUUGAUUCACUUUAAAUGGCUGUUGUCAAUAAAAAAAAUAUUGACAAGAGGGUACAAUUCAAA